AAAGCUACUGCUUUGGCCGAUGUUCAUCCCACCGUCGAUUUGGACCUGCUUCGUCAGCUUGCCGAUGGUGUUCGGAGUGUUCGAAUUGGAUCCGAGGAUGCGACCCGUGCUUUGUGUCAGGUCUUUGAGGACACUUUCACUUUCGCAGUGCUACACGGUCAGCUCAAUGCUGAUUUGAAAGCAAAAGUCUCGGCAUUUCUCAGUGGUACCCCGGCAGAGAUUAUUGCAGCCAAAGGCUUCGACCCGACUCCAGCCCCAUUGAGCCUCCAUAGGCAUCCUUUCGGCGGUCAUUUGCCUGAUGCUCACAAGAAGCAUCGCCUCUUCGGAGGUCGUGCCUAUGCUAAGGUCGAACAAACGAUAGAUGCAGUGGAGCAUCGCCCAAUCGUGUUUGAGGACUUCGAAAAGACCAGGAUCAUGGAGGUCUACGCCGAUAUUCCCUUCCUCAAUUGGCAACAAAAUGUACAUACCAGACCAGCUCUGACCUUCGUCCCAUCCACCGUACUCGGCUUGCAGAACCUGAUUAAAGCAUAUCCCCAGAAGCGCAUUCGAUGCAGUGGCUAUCGACAUACCAGAUCUGACUUCUUCGCAGAAGACGGUGACAUCCUCGUCUCCUUUGUCAGCCUGCAUCACGUUGCAAGCGUCCUGCCGGAGAUGAUCAGUAUCUUUACUGAUCGGAUCAACGAAGCCGAGGUGUCAGGAGAGUUGAGGAGCGUUCAAGCCAACGAAGACGGCUGGUCACUGCCUGUAGACGUCACAGCAGAUGAGNUAGGACAUACAAGUCAUCAUGUCAAUGUUGACAAACGGCUGACUGGUAUUAGGAUAACCACUGGUAGCAUCAUUGGAUCCAUGUGUCAUGGCGCCGGGUUCGCACACAAAUCUAUCAAUGACUAUGUCAGAUCGCUUGAAAACGUCGAUGUCAACGGCGCUGUUCAAACAGUCACAGAACCCUCCGAACUGCACGCUGCGUUGGGGUGCUUUGGACUACUGGGAAUAAUCACACACGUCACCUACGAAGUCAAGAAAAUGACCUUCGCUGUCAUGCAACCUCGCAAGGUAAAGACGAUGCUUGCCAUUCCACCGCCCGACCCAAGUCAAGUCCCUGAAGCAUUGCAUGUUGAGACCAGCCCUGAAGAACUCAAGCAAGCAAUCAAUGAUUUCGAACGACGAGCUGAGCAAGACCACUAUGCCGGGUGGUCAUGGUUUUCCUAUCAAUCGGACGUCCUCGUCAACACGUGGUCGACGGUCUGCAACGCUGAAGGACAAGAGGACUACACGACUCCCGUCCAAGCAUUUCUGCAGUGGAUAGCGGCAUAG